AUGAAUGUGUUGAUAGUUUUGGCUGUUUGUUACUUGACUAUUGGAGAUUUGGUCCAUCCAUCAUCGAUUGAUGAUAAACAUGAUCGACUCCGUGAAGUACCAGACGAAAAGGAAAAAAUGAUAGGUACGGCAUGGUCGGUUCCUCGUGAAGAAGUAAGAUCAGUCACAAAUAACGAAAACAAUGAUGAUGAUCAUAAUAAUUUUGUUCAUAAUUCCGAACGCUCAUCUGCCAGCGACUUCGAACAACGGGUACUCGAGCUGACAAAUGAAGCACGCAGAAGCGGUCGCUGGUGUGGAUGGUCAUGGUAUUCUGCCACCACUCCACUCCAGUGGAAUAACCUAUUGGGCAAUGCUGCACGUGGUCAUGCCGAAGACAUGCUCGCCCACAACUACUUUUCUCAUAAUAGUCUGGAUGGACGCACUCCCUGGGAUCGUAUGCUAGAGGCAGGCUAUCCGGGAAACUGCGCCGGUGGCGAAAAUAUUGCUGGCAAUUCUAGUCCUGCUGCGGCAGUCCAGGCGUGGAUCGAUAGUUCGGGUCACUGUGCCAAUCUCAUGAAUAGUGAGUUUAAGACACUGGGCGUCGGACAGGCUAGUGGUGGCGCUUAUGGUGGUUAUUGGGUUCAAAAAUUUGGUCGCUGCUAA